CAAUCUCCACGUAAAGACAUGGCCUAGCUGAGACGCGGGUCAAACACCUGGCCGCAGUUUGGGUUGUAAAGGCAACUGGUGGGCGUCAGGCAAGAUGGCGAUCAUCCAGUCUUGCUGCUGCUGGCGAAGCCUCCGCAAGGGUUGCUAUGCUUCAGCAUUGUACACCAUGGUUUACUUCUCAGUGACCAUAGUGACGAUGGGCCAUUUCAUAGAAGUGGAACAGAGGUAUCUCAACGGAGCCAUGAACGAGCCUCAGUCGGAGAGCUUCCUUGAGCCGGGGAAGAUUACACCCAUUACCGUGUCGCUGAACAUUACUCUGCUGGCUUGCAGUACCCUGGGUCUCAUCGCAUGCAUCCUGCUUAUAGUCGGAGUAUACAAGGACAUAAAGUUCAUGCUACUUCCCUGGGUAGUGUCCAUGGGCUUGGAGACCUUGGUGGAAAUCAUUAAUGUGGUGUACCUGUUCUACCUGCAAACUGUAAGUAUAUACCAGCAAUUGUCGUUUGAAAUAAAAUUAUUUUAUGCUCAAUACAUACUGACAAAGAAAAGUCAAUAAACUCUCGACUUCAACCCCAUCACAUCAUUCCUGUUCACUUUGGACUUCUUCAUAAUCGUGCUCAAUAUCUAUGCAAUGGUUUGCGUGAUAUCACAGUUCCAGGAAUAUCUGGAAGGUCGUGGAACAGCUGCUUUUGACUACUCGGACAGGAUGGCAGCUGUGCAAUACACGGCUACGGCCCAGCACACCACCACCACGAGCUCCGCCCCGAGCGGCCGCCGCAGGUCAGCUGGCAAACCCAUGCCCAGCAGGUGUGACCCAGAUGAGUUCUCCGAAGUCCCCACUAAAACUAUCACCUCCGUGUUGUCUAAGCCAAGUCGGUCAGCGGUGAAGAAGCACGUGCAGUUCCCAGACGAGCAGAGCUGCAUUGAAGAGGCGCCAGAGAUUCCCACUCAGACGGACCCGGAGGAAAAACCAGAAACCCGCGUUAUCAGCUCGCUCUGGAUGGAGCUGGAGUCGGAAGCGCCCGCGCCGGAACGCUGACGCCGGCGCAGCGAGCAGUACUACCGGCCCGUGUCUCGCGCGCGACUCGAACGCCGCAAGAUGUCCGCCGCCGGGGUACCGCCCGCAGACGCCACGGACGAUAAAGAUUCCUAUCUCUAAAGUGUGAAAUAUGACAAUGGUAGCACCCCGCGAUGACAUAUCUCUUCUAUAGGUACUCGAUUUAACUUCAUAGCCAGAUGUAUGUAGGAACAAUUUACUUAUUUCCUUGAUUGAUACGACAUAAUGAGCUUUUAAAACAGACGUACUUUCCUUUCUAGAUACAUGAUAUCUCUUACAUUACAGGAUAAUAUCUUGACAGCUAAAUCAAUGUCACCAAUUUGCUUGUAUUAGCAUAAUGAGCUUUGUAAACUGCAAACGUCCGUUAAGGGGUACCGCCCGCAGACGCCACGGAAGAUAAGGAUUUAUAUUUCUAGUGUGAAACACGACAAUUGUACCCACGAUGACAUCUCCUCUAUCAAGAUAUCUCUUUCAUUACAUAUAGGUAACUCUUUCGAUACGAGAUAACAUGUUCAGAGUCAAAUGGAUAUAAUCAAUGCACAUUGAUUAAUAAGACAUAUAUUAGCUUCAAACACCGCAAAUGUCCGUUACAUAUAUAAGCUUCAAAAACCACCAAUGUCCGAUAAAGGCCACCGCACGCAGAUGUAACAGUCUAUGUAGAUUCCUAUUCCUAAAUUGUUACACAUGACAAUAGUAGCGUCUCGCGAUGACUUACUAUUCUUUAGGAACAGGACUUCACUUUAGAACUGUUUAUUGUUGAUAGAUAGGACGUAAUGAGCUUUGAAAAUGCAAGAUGUCCACUAAG